AAAAAGCGCGUCCGACUCGCGUGAAGUGUUGGUGUGGCGUAAAGGUCGUCGUCGUUGUGCCACCAACGAAACCAGUUAGUAGGUUACUCGACCACCUAAACCGAUCGUCGGUCGGCAGUGUAAUUGAAUCCACCGAGACGUUGGCACACAACAUGUGGUUAGUUCAAGUGGUAUGGCUGUUGGUUUUUGCCCUGCUGGUCAGUUAUCUUUGGAUCAAGAAGAGAUUCAGUUUUUGGAAGGAUCGCGGCGUGGAAUACAUCGAGCCGGAGUUUCCGUUUGGGAAUUUUAAGACCCUGGGCAAGGUUGAACACAUCGCACCGAUUACGCAGCGACAUUAUGACUAUUUCAAGCAAAAAGGAGCCCCAUAUGGUGGUGUUUUUAUGCUAACUUCACCGCUGCUGUACAUCUUGGACACAAAACUGAUCAAAACACUUCUGGUGAAGGAUUUCAAUUACUUCCCCAACCGAGGCGUUUAUUUCAACGAGAAAGAUGACCCCCUUUCGGCCCAUAUGUUCGCAAUUGAAGGCAGCAAGUGGAAGACGUUGCGGAACAAACUGUCGCCCACAUUUACUAGCGGUCGAAUCAAGAUGACCUUCCCAUUGGUCGUGGGGGUGUGUCAGCAAUUUUGUGAUCACCUUGGUGAAGUGGUCCAGCAAAGCAAUGAGGUGGAGAUGCAUGAUUUAUUAUCCAGGUAUACGAUUGACGUGAUUGGAACGUGUGCUUUCGGUAUUGAGUGUAACAGUUUCCGUGACCCGGAUAAUGAGUUCCGCAAAUAUGGCAAGAUUGCAUUUGAUAAGCUGCCUCAUUCUCCACUAGUUGUUUACCUAAUGAAGGCUUUCCGAAGCUACGCUAAUUCGCUGGGAAUGAAGCAGUUGCACGAAGACGUUUCCUCGUUUUUCUCCAAAGUCGUGAAGGAUACGAUUCAGUAUCGUGAAACUAAUGGCGUUGUUCGGAAUGACUUUAUGGACUUGUUGCUAAAAUUGAAGAACACGGGCAAGUUGGAAGAGAGCGGUGAGGAAAUUGGCAAACUAUCGUUCGAUGAGAUCGCGGCUCAAGCUUUUAUCUUCUUCACCGCCGGGUACGACACUUCGUCAACCGCAAUGACUUACACCCUCUACGAGUUGGCACUGAACCAAGAGGCACAAGAAAAGGCACGUAAAUGCGUGUUAGACAUUUUUGCAGCUAACAAUGGAACUCUAACAUACGAAUCUGUCGGCAAUAUGGGUUAUCUCGAUCAGUGUAUAAACGAAACGCUUCGCAAGCAUCCUCCGGUGGCCAUUUUGGAACGCAAUGCAGAUAAAGACUACACGCUGCCUGAUAGCGACAUUGUCAUCAAGAAGGGUCGCAAAAUAAUGAUUCCCACCUUUGCCAUGCAUCAUGACCCGGAGCACUUUCCCGAUCCAGAGCGGUACGAUCCGGAUCGGUUUUCACCGGAACAGGUUGCUGCGCGGGAUCCGUACUCCUAUCUACCGUUUGGAGAAGGACCUAGGAUUUGCAUCGGAAUGCGCUUCGGUACCAUUCAGGCUCGCGUUGGGCUGGCAAGUCUGCUGAGAAGAUUUAAGUUCAGUGUUUGUGAUAAGACGCAAAUACCGGUCAAAUAUUCGAGAACGAAUUUCAUUCUAGGGCCGGCUAAUGGGGUUUGGUUGAGAGUCGAAAAACUUUGAAUAUUUUCUCCGAAUGGUUCUUAUAAGAAACUGAUACUAAAGAUAGGAAACGUGUCGACAUCAUUAAUAAAAUACGUAAUAAAACACUAGAUUUCACAAAUUAAAA